UUGGUUAUGGACACAAGGGCAAGUUCAUUGGAAAAGGCAGUGGCAACAAUGCCAUAAUCACCAGCAGUCCCAUGACAGUUCAACAGCUGGGACCUCUUUCACCUUCAGCGAAUCAGCUUUCAACAGCAUGCAGCCAGAUCAGCCCUAGCUUACACAGGUCUAUGGAUGCUUCCAGCAUGAGUGCUUCUCCAUCAGCUACAAGGUCACUCUUGUCAUGUGAGACUCUGGCCUCUACAACAUUAAGCUUGUCAGAAGGUCAUUCCCCUCUGAGUGUUGAACAAGAGUGGUCACAUAGGUACAGGACACUUUCUUCUGUUCCUCCUGACCAAGGUUUACAAAAUGGCAAUGAGCUGGGGGACUGCGUAAAUUUUUCGCCUGAAGCAUCUACAUCCAGUGACUCAUUACCAUCCUACUUAUAUGGCAUGGAAAAUAAGAAUUCCCCUUACUCUAGUCCUUGCCAGUCCUCAGCCUGGUGUCAAUCAGCCCGCUCCAAAAAGAGAGCACGCUCUGUAUCUCCUCUGUCUGACGGCAUUGGGAUCGAGUUCAAUACAAUCAUUCGUACGUCCCCAACUUCUCUGGUCGCCUACAUCAACAGCUCCAGGGCAUCGCCAGCAAACGUCUCCCCACAGCCUGAGGUCUAUGGACAUUUUUUGGGAGUGAGAGGAAGCUGUAUAUCACAAAACUGCUCUGUUUCAACUGCCCAGAAAGGCUUCCAUAUGGCGAAUGGCGGUGUCACCUUUCCGGGAUAUGUUGAGAACGGGACAGGUGAGUACCAGCGGAUGCAGCAGCUGGAGCAAGCCAGCUUGCAGAUGGUUGCCACAAAUAACAUGGUGAUCCAGCAGGGUGUGCUGGCCAUGGACAGCCAUGCAAUAGACGUCCUGAAAAACAAGCAGCUGGGUGACUUCUCGGGCCCUGUUGUUGACAUGCCUCUUUCAGCCGUGGUGCUGCCACCGCCUCCUCCACAGGGGCCACCCCCGCCGUACCACGCUCACCAGCGCCGGCACGUACACGGCCUCCCCGGCCACGUCCCCGCGCUGCAGGCGCUGCCCCCAGCCCCAGGCGCCCCGCUGCAGGAAGAUGGAGAGCUGGAGGAUUUCAAUGGCAAGCAUGGCUGUUGCUGGGUUGACUGUGGGAAGCUGUAUGACCAUCAGGAGGAGCUUGUGCGGCACAUAGAGAAGAUCCACGUAGACCAGAGGAAGGGAGAAGACUUUACGUGCUUCUGGGCAGGGUGCCCUCGAAGGUUCAAGCCAUUUAAUGCCCGUUACAAACUGCUGAUUCACAUGAGAGUCCACUCAGGAGAGAAGCCCAACAAAUGCACAUUUGAGGGCUGCAAGAAAGCCUUUUCCAGACUAGAAAAUCUCAAGAUUCACUUAAGGAGCCAUACGGGUGAGAAGCCGUACCUUUGCCAGCAUCCUGGCUGCCAGAAGGCGUUCAGCAACUCCAGCGACCGUGCCAAGCACCAGAGGACACACUUGGACACUAAACCUUAUGCAUGUGAGAUUCCAGGAUGUACUAAGCGAUACACAGAUCCAAGUUCCCUCAGAAAACAUGUGAAAGCCCAUUCUUCCAAAGAUCAACAAGUCAGGAAAAAGUUGCGAUCAAGCUCAGAGAUUGACCAGGACAUCCUGAAUGACUGCCUUGCAAUCCAGCCCCUCCAGCCAGUCCUGUCACCACAGGAUGCUGUAGAUAGUACCAUGGAACACUCCCCAGAGUCUGCUUGUGAUAUUUACCCAGCAGCUGUGAUCCCCAGCACACAGAUGAAUCAAAGUGGAGCAGCAGCUGGGGCAGUGUCCUUGUCCCACCCCAGCAGCCACUCUUCCCCAGGACAAAACAUCCAGGGCAGUCCUCUGCACCCUCCCCAGGUACCUCUUCUCACAGCUGCUGACUCAGAGAGGUUUGUUGCUCCAGCUCCUUCUCAUCACAUCAGCCCCCAGAGAAUGUCCAUUCAACAUCCCAUGAUGCAGAGACAGACUCCACAACCUCCUCAGCUUCCACAACUUGCAGGGAUGCCUCUGAAGACAUACCAACAAGCACAAAGCCCUUCUUUUCAGCCAAAUGCCCUUCACAUCCAGGGCUUUUAUGGGCAGCUUCAGACUUUCUGCCCUCCACAUUAUGCUGACACUCAGAAGAACAUACAAGACAGUGUUUCUUGCAAUAUGGUUCCUCCUGUUGACUGCUCAGCUCUCCCAUCAACAGGCCAGGGAGGGCUUGGCAUUUUCCAUGGAAGUUUUUCAGAUCAUUCUGGUAUCAAAGUGUACGACUUUCCAGCAGGGUCUGUAGAUAUCUUUGAUGAUUCAGCUUGCAGCAUGCCAGAGGACAGCAGUUUCCUACAAGUAAAUGCAGUGGAUCAUUGUUCCAGCCAGCUUUCUUCUGUAUACACUGAAGGCUAAGUAAUGUGUAUCUAUUUACAAGAACUUGAUUCUGUUUCAUCUUGCCUUCCGGUAUUUCCCUACAAAGUUUUUCUCUCCAUGAAACUGCCAUGUAUGUAUGGGGAUAUGACUAGAUAUACAUACAUAAUGGAGAGGAAAAAAACAAUUACCAAGCAUUUAAUCAAGCAGCCAGCUGAGAAGGAGAAUGUUUGGAGAAAGCAAGCUUUGCCAAAAUCUUAGCAAUUGUUUAUUUUCUUCUCAUCUGUGGUACAGCAACUAUACUUUUAAAAUUAUUUCUUCUUUUAUUUUCUCAAAGGGAAUUCAGAGACCAAAUAAGAAAACUGGUUGUUGGCUGUAAUCCUUUCAAGCUGAAUGGGUGCACUUGCAGAAAAACACAGCUUUAGAAAAUUCCUUUUUCAAACAAGGAAAAUAAACAAAACCAGAGCAUACUACAAACAUUUCAAAGGCAUAAAGUUUUGCACAACCUGUCUGCAUGUGAUAGUUCCAAAGUUUAACACACACCAGGAUCCAAAAGGGAGACAAGAAGACAUACAUAUGGCACUACCUAUUGGAGGCAUUGGUGUGGCUUCUUUUUGGAUCAAAGGUUGUUGGUAGAGAAUUUCUUACAGGCCUCAUAGUAGGUGUCCUUUCUUUCUCUCUUUAUUUUAAGCCACACUAUACAGCUAUUCUUGUUUUCCCGAUAUUCAUUCUGACCCUUUAAACAUGAAUAAGAUAAUUUAAAUAUACAAGAACUUACGUGGGCUUUGUGGCUAUUUAGCAGAUCUGCCAGAUAAGCAUAAAUGAAUGGUAACUUUCAGUUGCUUUUUAAUUAGAUUGUACAGCAUUGUUGCUGUCUGUGCUAUAGUCUUCGCCAGGAAGGCUUAAAAUCUUUUGUAGGAAAGAGUCUUCCUUAAAUUCCACAUUUUUUAAAAAAGCUAUCUGUACUGAUUCACCUAAAUUUUAGUUGUCCUAAUCUUUUUCCAUAACACAUUUUCAGAAAGAAGAACUACUCUUAAGUGUACUGCAAUUCCUCUGGUUACUUAGAAAGAUAAAACUGUACUGAUGUGGUGGUUUUGAUUUUUCUGAUCAAUGUCAGGCUCAAGGUCCUCAAAUUUAGUCCAGGAUGCAAGCAAAUUGAGUUGUAAAACAUACAAGGUUAUGAGUUAAAACCAGUAUUUUGCACUGGAGAUGCCAUCACUGUGAUCCUGCAUGCCUUGAGAACAGCUCUUAAAUUAGACUGAAUUUUUAGGUUUUAAUUCCUGUUCAUACAUUUUGUGGGCUUCUUAAUGUGUAGUGUACAUCAUAAUAUUCUCAUGACCUGAUAGAGUAAGGACAGAAAAGUUCAUCCUUGCAGGCUGGACCAUAACUAUGCUUCAGAAAUAACUCUUCCAAAGAGAUAAAAUAAAAAGGUUUAUACAACAUUUUUUUUUUCCUGGCAAACUUAUGAGUUGUUAAGUCCAAUUUGGGUCGAAUUCAUAAUUUAAUCUGCAAUUAUGUGGAACAGAUGAAUUUAUGUCCGGAUGUUUGUGAACAUUGGCAAUCUUUUGAGGUUUGUAUUCAUGAAGUAUAUUCUUAUGUGCAGUUAUAUGCUUAAAUAUUUAAUGGAGAGAUUUUUAUCUGAUACAUAGAAUAUAUUGAUAAACCAUUCACAUAAAUGAAGUACAACAAGAAGUAAAGUGACUAAAAUGUAGCCAAUCCUGUGUUAAAUUCUUCCCCCACAUAUUCUGCUUCUCACAUGACAAGAGAAUGUGUUCCUCUGCUCCCGCUUGCACUAAGAGGUCUAGAUGUUACCACAUGUGAUUUGCAUUGCAUUGAAAGACAGCAGGCAUUCUUCACAGCUAUACAUAUGCAACCAAAAAGACAAUCCUUUUGCAUAAUGUGCAUUGACUGCAAGUUUUGCUUUUCAAUAAAGCUUUACUUUUUUACUACCUUAAAGCCCAUUCUGUGGUCACUGCACAAAUGUAACUUGGUUCAGUAGGAAUAAUUAGUCACACUGAACUCUUUAAUUUCAAAUGUGUGGAAUUGUGUUUUGUUCCACCAAAGUCAACAAGGGCAGGAUCAGACUAUGUGUGGACAUUUACAUGUACAUAUAUACUUCCAUAUAUAUAAAUCCCUCAAAAUUCUUUUAAGCACAUGAUUGUCCAGAGUUUGUCCAUUGCUGUUUACAAAACUGAAAUAUUGUUGCUGUCUUCAGAUCUGUACCGCCUUGACUUUUAAACUUUUGGAAAUACUUUUUUCUAGUAUCUGAAUGUACAAGUUGCUCUGUAGAGUUGAGAAUUAUACUUUUUGAAACAUACUGACCAAAGGGAAAGUGGGAGUACACGAUUCAAAAAGGGCAUUUUCAGCUUGGGGGUUCAUCAUUUACAUUUAAAAAAAGAAACUUUUGCAAGUUAUUAAUUCAUUCUUUCAUAUAUAUAUAUAUGUAUUUACACCUUUCCAUGAGCCCUAAUCCUAAAAAGAAGGCCCUAGAGAAGAGUCAAAUCAAGCACAUGAUGGGCUACCAGUCUGUAAAAAGGUAGGCCCAUGUUUACUUCUCAUUCAGAGACAAAGAGGAUUCUUCACUAUUAUUUCAUUAUUCUCUUUGGAGUUGGACUGGCUUUGAGGCAUCAAUUUAAUCACUGAGGGCAAUUGCAUAAAAAACCCCAUUGUAGCUCAUGUAUAUUGGAUAUUUAAAUAGGGAAUCUUGUUUGUCACAAUCAAAAAUGGUUCUUGAGAAAAUACAAUUUUGUGGAUUACCUGCAUAACUGAGUUAUUUGCAAAUUGUGCCUCCAUGAGAUUUGUGUUGUUAUUCUACUUGCUGUAUUGUUAAGUUUCUAAAGGGAUUCAUAUCUAAGAGAUGAAAUUAUUUUAGACUACAGACAUUAAACAAUAUUGAAAAUAAAUUAUUUACAAUUAUUCUUUUAUACAUUCUAACUCUUUGCCAGGUCAGUGGUCUAUUUAUAUCUGCGUUAUAAAUGGUUCUACACUGGAGUUUAAAAUACAGUUUCAAAGUGCAUCUGUACAAGUGGGAGUGUAUGAGAGUGCAUUUAAGGCUCCUUUCCUACAUGUGUGGACACACAAACAUGUAGGCAUUGUGGUUUACUACUACCAGAUGUUGAAGAAUGGCAGUGCUAAGGCCAUCUGUCACACUGUAUAUUGUUUUCAGCUUUUCUUGAAAAGGUGUGAAUAAGUAUAAAAAAUGCAUUUUGACUGUUUAUUCCCUGUUUUCCC